GACGUCACAGCUAAUGGUGCUUCGUGAUCAAAAAACAUGGCGAAAAUUGGGAAUGAUACUUUCGUUUGGACGGGAGAAGUGUUAUCUUUGAUGAAGUGAUCGAUUUGCGGUGGAAACAGUAUUAACGUUUAGAAGACCUCUUCAGAACUCAAGAUGACCUCACUGGCUACUGCGCUUCCUCCUAUCAAAGUUGGUGGCCAGGUCACUCAGCAGGUCAUUCGACAUGUCCCAUCUCCACCAGCCAAAGGUUCCUCUUUAGGAAGUCCAUUACGAAGUAGCAGAGGAAUACAAAGACCAGAAGGCUCCUUUGUAAGGAGUCCUCCUUCUGAUCUGAAGAAAACAGCUAGUUAUGAAAAGAUUGACACUUCGAGGUAUCGGAAUACCUAUGAGCACAAUCUUUGCCUUGACAUGUUGAAAGAAGGUUUCCAUCAGUCAUUUCAAGAGCUGUUUAAUUUGAUGGAGAAACAGAAACAAGAUAUAAAAAGUUUAGGAGCAGACUCUGGUCUGUCCGAUCAACCUUUGUUAGAAGAUCAACCAGAGAAACUCGACCAACUGAAAUAUCAUCUAACAACAGCAGAGGCAGCAAAGAGAAGGGGCAAGAUGGACCAAGUUUAUCACAGCUUAUUGGCCCUGGCAAGAUUCUUUGAAGAGGCUGGUGACUUUUGGCUUUCAGAUCACUUUUAUGGCUCUUGUUUGAAGACAAGUCUGAAGAUUAGAGGAGAUGGAAGAAGGAAGGAAUCAGAGGCUAACUGCAACAUGGGAUUGGCCUCUGAGAAAAGAGGGGACUUGUUCAAAGCAGCAGAGUAUUUAGAAUCAUUUUACAACUUGACUAAAGGGCGACUGUGGCAGACAGAUGAUGGAGAAAAUCUACAUUCACUCUCUUGUGGACACCUUAGGAGAGUGUAUACAACCAUGGCAGAUGAGGUUAAAGAGGUUGACUUGAUGAAGUCAAUAGAAUAUCUCCUGAAAGCAUAUGGAAUGGCAAAAGAAAGUGGUGAUAGUCAACAAGAAGGUUUGGCUGGCUAUCGCUUGGGAUGUGCUUAUGAGGAGAUUGGAGAUGCUGAAACAGCCAUUCUGUAUCAUAAUGGGUACUUGGAGAAAUGCCAGCAGAACACAGAUGAUGUUGGAAUGGGGAGAGCUUGUCAGGCCUUAGCAAGAGCUUAUGAGUUGCAAGGAGAUGUGGAAAGUGCUAUGAAGUAUCUUGAGAUGUUUGUUGAGUUGGCUGAUCGAUCUCAGCAAUUACCAGAACAACAGAGAGCUUGUACAAGUCUUGGUUCUAUUUAUAACUCCCUGGGAAAGUAUGAAGAUGCUGUGCGCAUGUACAGGAGAGGCUUUGAGAUAGCUCAGGAUCUGGCUGCAGUUGAAACCACUGAAACAACAAGAGUGGAAUAUGGAGUUGCUUUGGCACACACUCUUCUUGCAGGCUACUCUCAAUGUAUGGAUCAGGUUAGCAAGAGUAAUAUACAAAGACUGCUUGACUUUAAGAGCUCAAGAUGGGACACUUUCUCAGAAGAAGCAACUCUUGGUGAUGAAGAGGGUGAAGAGAAUGAAGGAAGUCAGCCAAGCAGUGUUGUGGGUACAGGAGAAAGUGAGGACUCAGUUGAGGGGGAGGGUGACAAGGAAACUAGAACUACUGACCCUACUGCCGAAGGAGAAACCAAGGAUGUGCAAAUGAAUGGUGGAUCAGAUUCAGGGGUGACAAGUGAAGGAGAGAAUGGGAAAGAUGACCAUCUUGAAAGUCAACCAACAGAGUAAAGUAUUUGCAAAAGAACAUUGAAACAAAAAAAGAUAAAUGUAUACAUGACUUGUGAGAUAUAAUUCAUUCAAACUGAGUGUGAGCAGAACAAGGGUCCACUGGGAGUCACACCAGAUUUUGCUGAAGAAUGGGUCAGUGUACUCCAGUCAGUAACCUUUGGCAAAGUGAUUCUAUUUUCUUACAAAUGAACAAAGAUUCCCUUUUGAUGUGACUAAUUUGCCAGACCAUCUAAUCUUUAAAAAGAGUGUUAUAAGAAUGGCAGGCUGCUUAUUUAUUUCUUGUCACAAUUCAUCAUUCCUCUGUUAAAUUGAAGGGUUUGUUACCAGUGA